AACUGAGUCUUCCCUGUUCUUCUGAAUCCCUGAGUCCCAGGCAGCCUUGGUCCAGGUUGUCUGUGAUUUUCCAUUCACAGGGUAUCAACACACCAAACCCAGUAUCAUUUUCCAGUUGGAACAAGAAGAGCUAUGGAUGAUGCAAAUCCUGAGUCGGGGCCAUCCAGGUGAGUGACCAGGACAUUUAGAUCUUUUCCUCCUUCCUCAGAAUUGCUGUGAGUUCUUAUGUGAUGUUUCCUUUGUGUUUGUGUUUUUGUGUUACUUGUGACCAUUUUCUCUUCAUGCUGUCUUUUCUGGCAUUCUCAGCUUCCGUCUUACUUUCCCGUGGUGAUACUCAUUUCAUCCUGCAUUUAAGCAGCUUUUCCUCUUUACUUCAGUGGAUGUGACUUUCACACCUCUUCUACUUUCUUUCUCUUUUUUAAAAUUACUCACAUUCAUAUUUAACAACCACAGGUCCAGUUUCCUUCUCCUUGAAACCUGUUAGGAGAUUCUACCCCUCUGUUUCUCCUUGCUUGUCACUCUGUCACCACUGUUCUUUCUGAGGUUAUCCCUGCCUCAUUUGAUGACACUCGUUAUCUUGCCUGAAGCCUUUCCCUCUCUCCAUACUCAGGUGACACCCCACUGAACACCCUCUCACACUGCAUGACAGAGUGCUUCUCUCCUUGUGCUUUACUGACCCACGUGCUCUUCUCUCUGAGUUCAGAGGGGUCUUUUCUAUAUUCCCUACUUUCGUCAUAUGUUUUAAGUUUUAGCAGACUCCCACCCUGAAGGUUUGAGCUCUUCCUUCCUCUGUUUGUGACUGACAGUCCUGUCUACCUCUCAUCUGCCCUUUGGUACCGGGUUUAACUGGUUCACAGGGUGUCUUCCCUACAUGGGCCGCUCCAUUGUCUAAGUUUUCAGAAACUGGAAUUGAAAUGUCUCUUCCCUGCCCCAUAGCUGUAUGAUAAUGUCUUCUUUCCUUCCUCAUUGUUAGUUCUGCUGUGCUUUGAAUUCUUUUUCCUGACGCUGGGGAGUGAGCUUAAAACUCCUUUGUGUGCAGUUGUCUUCACUAGUCUUGUUAUAAUCUGCUGUAUUUUACUCCUUUAAAAAUAAGUCUUUUAAAGCACCAUCUUUUCAAUUCUUACCCCCAACAAGGCUAGUAUUAUUUCAUUUCUCACUUGUUCUACUUACCAGCCAAAUUUAUGGCUUAUACUCUUUUUAUACUAUUAGUUUGUCCUGAUGUGACUGUCAGAUAUGUUUCCCUAAGCACCUAUGUAUUUUUUAAUAAACGUGGCCGGGUAAAUCAACAGUAAGUCUUUGUAUUAUUAGGAUUGUUUCACCUGCAAUUUUUUAUUAAUCCUGAAUGAACCUGUUUAAGCAGAAGUGAUUUAUUACUACACAUCACAAAAUGUCCUCAUGUGGAGCAGCUCUAAGGAUGACUAAAUCCUUAGUCAUUGCCUCACUAAAUCCCCGAAGGUCUGUGUCUUCCUUGCCAUUAUAACUAUGUCAGUAUUUUCCUCAGAUUAACUCCCUCAUGGUCAUCAGAUCAUUACAGUUCCACCUGACACCUGCAGAUAUACCAGUGGCCAGUGGGGCAAGAAAGACUGUUUCUUCUCAUGUGGCCCUUUUUUAUCAGGCAUUAAAAUCUAUUUCAGGAAACCCUAGCCGACUUACCAUGUUUAAUAGGCUAGAUUUUUAUCACCUACCCUGUCUAAAGAAGACUCAGGCAAGGGAAAUGAAACCAUCACUGUUGGCUCAGAUAAAUCAUGCUUCCCCUUUGGCAGGGGGUAUGGAGAUGGGUCUCCAGUUUCCUAACUGAAGCACAUGGCCUUACGGAUGGAGGUAGGAUGUAAAAUCAGAUCUCUGCCAGCCAGGAAAAGGACAGCAGAACUGUCAGGGCGCCUUCCAGCUUGCUGUGCAAAAUUCACGAGACUGUAACCUGUACCAGAUGUGUCUCCGCAAGGACGGCGGCAGUUCAGUGAUUUCCCCUGCGUGUGGACCAGGGGAGUGGAGAACUCGGGUCCUGAGGCCACCACCGUGUGAAGGCCUCUUCACGGCGCAGAGAUGCACCCCCAGGAUCACAGGAGGUGGGAUCUACAGGGGCCUCCCCUACGAUCCCGGCUCCUUGAAGGUACCCCCUCCCGCGAAGCCCAGGCUGGGGUGCGGAUCCCUCCAGCACGAGGGGCAGGUGGGGAGUGUCUGCCCCACGGGCUGCGAGCUCAGCGGGGCUUUGGCUCCGCAGAGCUUCACGGGUUGCUUGGGGUCAGCCCAGGGUCACAGCUUCCUCCUGCUGCAGGGGUUGGGGGUCGCGACACCCUCUCCUCCAGCCUAAGGGCCUAAGGGCCUAAGGGCCAGGCUAGUUGGAGCCUCUGACGCCAGCCCCCCAAAGUCUUGGCUUCCGUGCAGCCCCCCGCCCCCCAAUCCCACGGACCCUCAAGAACCUCUCGACUCAAUAACAACUGCCAGAACCACUAGAACCCCCCGCACCAAGGCUGAUCCCCAGGCCCCCUGGAUUUAGGAGGAGAGGGCGAGGCCAGGGACGCCGGGCCAGGUACUCAGGGAUUGGCCAAGUCCUCGAUACUUUGUAGCUACCGCACCUCCGAACCGCCUCCGGGGAUUUGCGUGCUGAGCCUGAACGCUGGGAGCCGGUGCCUGGCUAAGGGAGGGGCCCAACCCGCCUGGCGAUGCAGAGCUUCCUGCAACUGCUGAGGGGAAAUGGGGGCCCCAGCCUGCCCUUGCCGGAGCUGGUGACCCUCGCAGGCAGGCUGUGCCGGGACCUCCAGGAUGACCCCAUCCAGGUGCAGCCCUUGGUCACGGCUGUGCUGGACAGCCAACUCCGCCUGUACCUCUUGGACAAUGCGGAUGUGGCCCUGGUGUGCGCCAGCGUGCUGGCCCAGCAGGAGCAACACCAGGCCGCCUGUCGGCUGCUGGAGGGGUGUCAGGUGCCGGGCGGCAGCCCCAAGCUGGUGCAGCUCUGGAAUGACAUCCACUACCGUCUGGCCAUGAAGAGGCUCGGCGUGUCCACACUGACGCCGGUGCAAAAGUUCCGGUGCAGGAAGAGGAACCCACCACCCGCCUCCCUCUGCCCCGACGGCCUCAAGAGCCGGAACUUCCCCAGAGAAGUUCGCCAGAAGCUGCAGGACUUUGCCUCGGGCGUGAGCACCAACCCCAGCAAGGCUGAGCGGGAGGACCUGGCCUCUCAGAUGCGCCUGACCACGGAGCAAGUCUACAACUGGUUUGCCAAUUACCGGCGGCGCCAGAGGGCCCUGAUGCAGCGUGCGGCGCCAGCCCCAGACUCAGGAGAAGACCUCACGUCAGGGGAGGCGAGUCGGCACCGCCCCCCGCAGCCGACAGGCCACCCCCACCUUGGCUCUGGGCUUGUGGACAGGCCUCAGUGGUCGACAGGACCUGAGGAAAGUGGGCCUCUACAGACCCUGGAGACCACCCAAGGGCCGUGGGAGCCACUGGCUCUGACCCCAGACUUCUCUGGAGGCGAGACUGUGCCCAAGUCACUGGCUCCCAGGUCUCUGCAGGGUGGUGAGAUGUACCAGGAGGGGCCUAACCGUGACCCAGACAUUCUGCCCCCUGUCUGCUCUGGCCCUGGUCUCUGUCCUCUGGCUGCUGCCAACGAUAUGCUGGACCCCUCUCUGGCUGCCCCUGAGUCGUGGCUGAUGUCUCUCGCACUGGCAUCCUCCAAGGAAGCUUCCUUCCAGACUGGGCAGCUGAUCCACAGUCAUGGGCUGAACCUCACCAUGCACCCUACAGAUGCUUCUCUGGCUGUGUCCCUCGCCACCCUCAGGGAGCCCAGCCCCUCAGGAUUCGCUGACCCUCCCAGCAUCAACCCCCAGGGCACAUACCUGGAGGAGGAUCCGGGUUCCCGCGGUAGCCAAGCAGAACGACAGGCGGGCAACCUCCUGGUGACCCAGCCCCCACCACAGGCUCCCAGCUUCAUCCUCACCCAGAACCCCUCAGACCUGACUCCGGCCCCAUCAGGCUUCCCUGGCCCCAUGUCUGCCGUGGAGCUGAGCCAGCCCCCUCCCUCCAGCCAGGUGCAGUGGUCUGAUGGGCAGACCUCCAGCGACGCCUUCUGGGGAGCCAGGAUGCUCCUGGAGCUUUCAGGGGGUAGCCUGGACUGAGCUGCCCCUUGGGAGCCUGGCCAGUGCUCCAGGGGAGCAGCUGUGGACAUCCAGCAACUCGAGUAACAGAGCGUUAUCCCUACUGAAGAAGGAGGUCCCCAGAGUUCCCUGGGGGUUCUGCUGAGCCCCCCAUGCCCUGUUUGAAUAGUUUGGUUGUCAAUUUCCUGUAUUGGAAGAAGCGUCUGAGAAAUAUUCUUGAAGUCAGAAGUCAAAGAUGGGUCUGUUCUAUGCAGGCAGCAGCAGAUUGCAGUCAGGUUCCAGGGUGGGUUCCGGGCAGUGAAGGCCUUUCUCAGAGCGGGGAUGUUGCCCUUUGGGCCUCCCACCUGUCCUGUGACAAGGCCAGACUUCUCCUCCCAGUAGAUGUGGUGAGAGAGGUGUGGGCAACCUCUGGCAUCUCUGAGUCUGGGGUUUGCACAGAGUCACUGGGGGAGAGCCUGCCAGGCUGGGGGGGGUGCCUUGCCCAGGGUUGUGAUUCACUGUGUUUGCCCAGCAAAUGUUCUGUUCAAUUAAAGUUUACUGUU